AGCGGGGGGCGGCCGGGCUGCCCGGAGCCCCAUGCAGCACGGCGGCCAGGCGCGCCAUGGGGACCCUGUUCCGCAGCGAGCCCAUGUGCCUGGCGCAGCUCUUCCUGCAGUCGGGCACGGCCUACGAGUGCCUCAGCGCGCUGGGCGAGAGGGGCCUGGUCCAGUUCCGAGACCUCAACCAGAGUGUAAGUUCUUUCCAAAGAAAAUACGUCAGUGAGGUGAAGAGAUGUGAGGAACUGGAGCGGAUACUGGUGUACUUGGUGCAGGAAAUCCACCGAGCGGAUAUCCCGGUCCCCGAGGGUGAGGCCUGCCCCCCCGCGCCGCCGCUGAAGCAGGUCCUGGAGAUGCAGGAGCAACUGCAGAAGCUCGAGGUGGAGCUGCGGGAAGUGACCAAGAACAAGGAGAAGCUGAGGAAGAACCUGCUGGAGCUGAUUGAGUACACGCACCUGCUGCGGGUCACCAAAGGCUUUGUCAAACGCAACGUGGAGUUUGAACCCACCUACGAAGAAUUCCCGUCCUUGGAGAAUGAGUCGUUGCUGGACUACAACAUGCAGAGGCUGGGAGCGAAGCUGGGGUUCGUGUCCGGCCUGAUUAACCAAGGGAAGGUGGAAGCCUUUGAGAAGAUGCUGUGGCGGGUCUGCAAGGGCUACACCAUCCUGACCUAUGCAGAGCUGGACGAGCCGCUCGAGGACCCCGAGACGGGAGAAGUGGUGAAGUGGUGUGUGUUUUUAAUCUCCUUCUGGGGAGAGCAGAUUGGCCACAAGGUGAAGAAGAUCUGCGAUUGCUACCACUGCCACGUCUACCCCUACCCCAGUACUGCUGAGGAGCGCAGAGAGAUCCAGGAGGGGCUGAGCACCCGCAUCCAGGACCUGUACACUGUGCUACACAAGACCGAGGACUACUUGCGGCAGGUGCUGUGCAAGGCCGCCGAGUCCGUGCACGCCCGCGUGGUCCAGGUGAAGAAGACAAAGGCCAUCUACCACAUGCUCAACAUGUGCAGCCUGGACGUGACCAACAAGUGCCUCAUCGCUGAGGUCUGGUGCCCCGAGGCCGACCUGCCUGCCCUGCGCCAGGCGCUGGACGAGGGCUCGCGAGAGAGUGGCGCCACACUUCCCUCCUUCAUGAACACAAUUCCAACCAAAGAGACGCCCCCGACCCUGAUCCGUACCAACAAGUUCACCGAGGGCUUCCAGAACAUUGUGGACGCCUACGGGGUGGGGAGCUACAGAGAAGUGAAUCCAGCCCUCUUCUCCAUCAUCACCUUCCCCUUCCUGUUCGCGGUGAUGUUCGGCGACUUCGGACACGGCUUUGUGAUGUUCCUGUUUGCCCUCCUGCUGGUGUUGAAUGAGAAUCACCCCAGCCUCAGCCAGUCCCAGGAGAUCAUGCGAAUGUUCUUCAACGGCCGCUACAUCCUGCUGCUCAUGGGCCUGUUCUCAGUGUACACCGGCCUCAUCUACAACGACUGCUUCUCCAAGUCCAUGAACCUGUUUGGCUCUGGAUGGAACGUGUCCGCCAUGUAUAGCGCCAGCCACACUGCGGCAGAGCGGAAGAGCCUGGUGCUGUGGAACGACAGUGUCGUCAGGCACUCCCGGGUUCUGCAGCUGGAUCCCAGUGUUCCUGGGGUGUUCCGAGGCCCCUACCCGUUCGGCAUUGAUCCAAUUUGGAACUUGGCCACGAACCGUCUCACUUUUCUAAAUUCCUUCAAAAUGAAAAUGUCUGUGAUCUUAGGAAUUAUUCACAUGACUUUUGGCGUCGUUCUGGGAAUAUUUAACCAUUUGCACUUCCGGAAGAACUUCAACAUCUACCUGGUCUCCAUCCCGGAGCUGCUGUUCAUGCUCUGCAUCUUCGGCUACCUGAUCUUCAUGAUCAUCUACAAGUGGCUCGUCUACUCGGCCGAGACGUCGCGCACGGCACCCAGCAUCCUGAUCGAGUUCAUCAACAUGUUUCUGUUCCCUGCCAGUCCCACCAGCGGUCUCUACCGGGGCCAGGAACACGUGCAGAGGCUGCUACUGGGCAUCGUCAUCCUGUCGGUCCCCGUCCUCUUCCUGGGGAAGCCCCUGUUCCUGCUGUGGCUACACAACGGGCGCAGCUGCUUCGGCGUGAACCGGAGUGGGUACACCCUGGUCAGGAAGGACAGCGAGGAGGAGGUGUCACUGCUCGGAAACCAGGACAUCGAGGGCGGUGGCGACCCACUGGAGGACAGCUCCCGGGAUGUGCUGUGCAAAGAGUUUAACUUUGGGGAGAUCCUGAUGACCCAGGUGAUCCAUUCCAUUGAGUACUGCCUCGGCUGCAUCUCCAACACGGCCUCCUACCUGCGGCUCUGGGCGCUGAGUCUGGCUCAUGCACAGCUGUCCGAAGUGCUGUGGGCUAUGCUCAUGCGCGUGGGCCUGCGUGUGGACACCACCUACGGAGUCCUGCUGCUGCUGCCCUUCAUUGCGCUGUUUGCCGUGCUGACCAUCUUCAUCCUCCUGAUCAUGGAAGGGCUGUCGGCGUUUCUCCAUGCCAUCCGCCUCCACUGGGUAGAAUUCCAGAACAAAUUCUACACUGGCGCAGGCACCAAGUUUAUUCCUUUCUCAUUCAGUCUGCUUUCAUCAAAGUUGUGCAGCGAGGACCACGCGGCAUGAGCACAGUGCUGCCCCCUCCCGGCGCACUCUGGGGGGUGAUCAUCUCCCAGAAUUUCCUUGGUGUCAAUUUAGGACAUUCAAAAAAAAUCUGUCUCAUUGAUUGCCUUACGAUACAGCCAGAUAACCCUGUAAGAUAUACCUCCUCCUUGUAUGAUAAAUAUUUGUAAGGUUCUGCAAUUUAAGAUUUCUAAUUUUUUUUUGUUUUUAUGAUGAGCAAAUAUAAGUUAAUGCCAAUUGUUAUGUUAAAUAUAUUUUUUAAAACGCAGGAUUUGGGGAGGGGAGCCCAUUUUUUUGAAUGGCUAGUUGAAAAUAGUUUGAAUACUUGAUUCCUUUUAAACUCUUAAAAAAAAAAUGUUAUUUAGUCACUCAGAGAUGCCAGAUAGUAUUUUCAGAAGGCUGAAGUCAGACGCAGUGUUUUGUGAGACUGUGGGGUGGAUGAGCUGCUCAACCGAUAGGCAGUGGCCUUCCCCCUGCCGCGCUCAGGACUGCAGGCUCCCACCUGCACGUCCGUCCUGCUUUAAUAAUUGGAGAAAAAAAUGAGAUUUUAGAUAAUGUAAAUGAUUAUCCCACUGAUAAAUUUUAAAAGAGAUUCUUUUCCUGUUCUCACACAAAAUCAGGUGUGCUCGUUGGCUUUGAAAGUUGACCGCGCGGCCAGCUGCAGCUGCCGGGGGCCUACAGGAGGGGGCCUACAGGAGGGGGCCUGGAGACAGAGCAGUAUUUUGUAUAUUUUUGUAACAAAAUACAAAUUAGAAUAUUUUACCAUGCAGAGAUUGUAUCUGUCCUGGAGAAGAAUAUACUUUUUUACUCUCAGACUAAUUAGAGGCGAAGGUCUGAUGCAGAUUUGGAGGGAAAGCAUCCAGCCCCUGGGUGGGCAUGGGCGGCCCCUGAGGAGCCGGGCCUCCUGGGAUCCCAGAGGCCAGCCGGCCCUGCUGAACUUGAUCUAGUGUGUAUUCUGAUAAACUCUGUUCCUAUUUCUUUUGAUUUUAGUUCCUCAUUUUCCAAAACGAAUGUAGAGAAUUUUGCUGUUUUAACAAAUGCAGGCGCCUGUGCCCUGUGCUGGCUGUACACGCCUGGGGCCGAUGUGCUCCGAGGCCCACAGGCACAGGGUCAGGCCAGGCAGCGGGCAGCACUGCAGGGCCCGGCAGGGCACCCCACUCCCCAGAAUGGCAUUAGGGCAGAGAGCGCCCUGCUGGGCUCAGAGCUGUUUCUUAAGGCGGCUGAUCCUUGCCCGCACACGGGCCUCCGACUCCAGCCUGCUCCUCUCGCUGGCAGUUGUCCUCUGGCUAACACCUUGUGUGAGGGCGUGGGCCAGGUCCUGUGCCCGUGGGGUGUGCGCAGUUCCUGUG